UAGGUGACGGAUUCGUGCGGAUAAAGCAGAUCCGAGAGGAGAGGACACCUGUGCAAUCGUCUCAUCGGAUCCGGACGCCGUCCUGAUGGAGUCAGACAAACGGUGGUCUCGCUGACAGUGGACACAGAGAUUCGCCACCUUGGAUACCCCUGAAGGACAAUGCAACAUUUUCCUCCAAGCUUCAGAGGGGCGCUAUGGGAGUCCAACCAUCCGUGUGUGCCCAUCAUUAAAAGCAGACCAACUUUGACGACGCCGCCCUUUCAUAACUUUCUGUUAUGGGUGCUGCUCGGGGUGCUGACGUUCCCCUGCUGUGUGCGCUGCCUGAUAUUCAAAGUCGGGGUCCUGGGGCCCUGGAACUGCGACCCCGUCUACUACAGGGCCCUGCCCGCCGCGGCAGCCAGGCUCGCCGUGAGCAGGAUAAACGGAGACCUGAGUCUGGACCUGGGUCUCAAAAUGGACUUCAUCAUCCUCCAGGAGCCGUGCGAAACCUCCAAAGCCCUCACCGCGUUCAUCUACUACGAGAAGACGGCGGACGCGUUCGUGGGCCCCACCAACCCGGGGUACUGCGUCGCCGCCUCCCUGCUGGCCAAGAACUGGGAGAAGGCCGUCUUCUCCUACGGCUGCGUCAACUACGAGCUGGACCGGGUCAUAGGUUACCCCACCUUCGCCAGGACCGUGCCGUUCCCCGCCGACGUGCUGUUCGCCGUGCUGAAGCACUUCAGGUGGGCCAACGUCGUGGUGGUCUCCUCCAAUGAGGACAUCUGGAGGGACACCGCGGGGAGGGUGGCCACCGCCCUGAGGAACAAGGGGCUCCCGGUGGGCCUGGUCACGUCCAUCGGUAUCAAUGACACGGAGGUGGAGAGCACGCUGAUGAGGAUCCAGGCUGCGGGGGAGGUCAGGGUCAUCAUCAUGUGCAUGCACUCCAUCCUGGUCGGAGGCGAGCAGCAGGCUACUUUUCUCCUAAAAGCGCAGAAAAUGGGCCUGACCUCGGGGAAGUACGUGUUUGUGCCCUACGACACCCUCCACUACAGCGUGCCCUACACCAACGUGUCCUACCUCCCCCUGCUGAACAACAGCAGGCUGAGGCAGGCCUACGAUGCUGUGCUCACCAUCACCGUGGCCUCGGAGCCUCUGUCCUUCAACGAGGCGUUCGCUGCCGCCCAGAGGAGCGAGGAAGUGACGUUAGCCGUGCAGCCAGAGCGGGUUAAUCCUCUCUUUGGGACCAUCUAUAACAGCAUCUACCUGCUGGCCAAGUCCAUCCACAAUGCCAGGAGGGCAGGCAUGCAGCUGUCAGGCUCAAACCUGGCCUACUUCACCAAGAACUCCACCUUCACCGGCUUCAACCAGAAGGUUUGGGUGGACACCCGUGGGGAGGUUAAGACCAACUACGUCGUCCUGGACACUGACAACAGGGGGAGCCAGCUGUACCAGACCUAUCUGGUGGAUGUAACGGCCGGAGUGCUUCGUUUUGCGGGGAGGUCCAUUAAUUUUCCAGGAGGGUCUCCUCCGCCGUCCGACUCCAGCUGCUGGUUUGAUAAGACCACCAUCUGUAAAGGAGGUGUGGAGGUCACCUACAUCAUAGUGGUGUUGGCUGUCAUCUUCAUUCUGGCUGUAGGAGGGCUCGCUAUAAGUCUUUAUAUCAGGAGGAGACUUCAACAAAUCCAGCUGGUCAAAGGGCCCAAUCGGAUCGUCCUGACCUUAGAGGAUCUCACGUUUAUCAAUCCUCAGCUUAGCAAAAAGAAAAUCACUUUGGAGGAUCUGAGUGAGUCUAAGAGCGCUAUCGAGGAGAAAUCUGCAGACCGCUCACAGUCCGUGAACAGCAUGCAGACGGCGACUCAUGAGACCACCAAUGUAGCUGUGUACGAGGGCGACUGGGUGUGGCUGAAGAAGUUUGAGGAGGGACACUUCAGGGAAGUGAGGCAGAGCACCACAAAGAUUUUCACAAAGAUGAAAGACCUGAGAAACGAGAACGUGAAUCCGUUCCUGGGCUUCUUCUCCGACUUCUCCAUGUUCGCGGUGGUGACGGAGCACUGCUCGCGGGGCAGCCUGCAGGACCUGCUGAGGAACGAGGACGUCAAGUUGGACUGGAUGUUCAAAUCCUCUCUCGUGCUUGACCUCAUCAAGGGUAUGAAAUACCUUCACCACAGAGAUUUCCCCCAUGGCAGACUAAAAUCUCGUAACUGUGUGGUGGACGGACGUUUUGUCCUCAAGAUUACUGACUAUGGCUUCAAUGAGCUGCUGGAGUCGCAGAAAGCUCCUAUAGAGGAACCUCCGCCCGAAGAUCUAUUUUGGACAGCUCCUGAGUUCUUAAGGGACCUCGCUAACUCACGUAAGGGAACCUACAAGGGAGACGUGUACAGCUUUUCUAUCAUCCUUCAAGAGGUGGUGGUCAGAGGGCCGCCGUACUGCAUGCUGGGUCUGCCACCCGAAGAGAUCAUCCGUAAGGUGAAGAAGCCUCCUCCAAUGUGUCGGCCCACCGUGGCCCCGGACCAGGCUCCUCUGGAGUGCAUCCAGCUGAUGAAGCAGUGCUGGAGCGAGCUGCCUGAGCGCAGGCCAGCGUUCGAUGAGAUCUUUGACAGGUUCAAGUUAAUCAACAAGGGAAAGAAGACGAACAUCAUCGACUCCAUGCUGAGGAUGUUGGAGCAGUACAGCUCCAACCUGGAGGACCUGAUCAGAGAGAGGACAGAGGAGCUGGAGGUGGAGAAACAGAGGACAGAAAAACUGCUGUCAGAGAUGCUCCCACCUUCUGUGGCUGAGGCCCUGAAGACCGGCGCCACAGUGGAGCCUGAGUACUUUGACCAGGUGACGAUCUACUUCAGCGACAUUGUGGGUUUCACUACCAUCUCAUCGCUCAGCGAUCCCAUCGAGGUGGUCGACCUUCUCAAUGACCUCUACUCUCUGUUUGACGCCGUGCUCAGUAACCACGACGUCUACAAGGUGGAGACCAUUGGUGACGCCUACAUGGUGGCAUCAGGUCUGCCGAAGAGAAACGGCAACAAGCACGCUGCAGAGAUCGCCAACAUGUCUCUGAACAUCCUCAGCGCAGUGGGAACCUUCCACAUGCAGCACAUGCCAGACGUGCCGGUCAGGAUACGAAUAGGAAUCCACUCAGGGCCCUGUGUUGCCGGGGUGGUGGGUCUGACUAUGCCUCGGUACUGCCUUUUUGGAGACACGGUCAACACUGCCUCCCGCAUGGAAUCCACUGGGCUGCCUUAUAGAAUCCAUGUAAAUAUGAGUACUGUGAAGAUCCUCCAUUCUCUCAACGAGGGUUAUAAGAUAGAAGUCAGAGGCAAGACAGAGCUGAAGGGUAAAGGAAUUGAAGAGACAUACUGGCUUGUGGGGAAAACGAACUUUACAAAACCUUUGCCAAAACCGCCAGAGAUCAAACCAGGGGACAACUGGCAGGAGAUGGUGACAGAGGAGAUCAAGACUCUUUUCCGCAAGGCCAACCGGCAGGUGGAUAAAAAGAUCUGAAGAGAAGGAAAGUUGUGAACAAAACAAAACAGGAGGAGCAGAGGAGAGGAGAGGAGGACACAUCCAGGGGAAGGGAAGGGACAAAGAUCUAGGAGGGGCAGGCAGGAGACAGAGAGCACCACCCAGCCUCUCACCGUGGCUUAAUGCAGACUUGUUUAAGAGGAUUGUCCAUCGGCUGGCUAAUCUGCCUGCAGCCAGCGCAGCAGAACACCGCGGUGCUAAUGUAAUGAGAGUUGUCACAUUACCUGCCCACGUAGCACGGGAAAGCUGCUCCGCUCCUUCAUGAAGGAUGAACCCAUUCACUCCUCUCCGCACUCACCGGCCACCGAGUGGUCACCUACUUCAGGGCAACCAGAGGCUCACCCACUGGAAGAUUGAACACCCCAAACGCCUAUUUCUAAAUGAAAUGUUUAUAUUUUCUGGUGAUCAUGUCUGUUUUUAGUUUGCCAUGAAAGCUCGAAAAUAGACUCAUGGAGCCGAGGCUGUCAUUUAGCUGUGGAUGAAUAUUAUAAUAAUAUUAUUAGCUCUCCAAAGUUGGAGGCAAAGGCUGCUACUGUAUAUGAUUAUCUGAAGAGAAAAGGAGAAAUUUGCCACUUUUAUUAUAUUAGAGCAGAAGUGAAGUAGGAGUCGACCAAGUCCAUUUAAGUCCAUUCAAAAAAAAAAUAUUUUUAAAGAUGUUCAACUGUCACCUUUUUAUUUAAAGAGUGAUAGUGCUUGGAGAGUGGUGGGAAUGCUAUGAAUGUAAAUGAAAAUAAUGUUUGUUUGGUUUUUUUCCUGUUAUAAUCAAUACAAUUUUAAGGUUUGAUUGUGAAACAUGUUGCUGUUUCCAAAGUGCUCCAUGAUUUUUUUAUCCACUGACACGUAUUGUUGUAACGCCAGGAGUCAAGGAGUCAGCAUCUAUAAUGAGUCAAAUGAGUCAAAAUUUAAAUGAUGUUGUUUGUGCUGCAUGUCAAAGUAUAAAUUACACUUCUGCAGUUUUCGCUGGCCUUCAAUAACAGACCUCAAGACAUUUUUACAUCAGGACAGUAAUUUGCGGUGGCCAUUUUUCAAUGUUUCAGCAUCAACUUGAAAUAUUGUUAGCUUGUCAUAUCACACGUUUACAACCUCUCUUUCCUGUUUGAAUAUGAGAACAAAACUGUUGAUGCUCAUACUGAAAUUUUGUAUUUCAUAAUUUGUAACACUUAUCGAAAUGUCCUCAAAAUUACAUUUCACUUUGUGACGUCAAAGUAACUGUAAUGUUAAACCAUGGUACUUUUAAAGAGGUUUCAAUCUCAAAUAUGUGAUGUGUCUGUUGGAUGCUUGCGAGCAACAUCUAGUGGUCAAAUAAGACGUGUUCAGGAGCAAUGAAUGGGUGUCGAGUCAGUGAGAACAAAUUCAAAAGCAACAUGCUACUGUGACAUGCUCACUGUCAUUUAUAGAAUGUCGUGUAGGUGUAAGGAGUGCACUAAAUUGAUGAUAAUGAUUUUGAAAGUGUUGUUUGAUAGAAGUGUCUGUAAAAGUAUUGUUUUGACAUAACCCCAAAUAUAAAGUCACCUCUCAACCGAACCAUAGCCGAUAAUGAUUGUAAUAAUUAUUAUUUUUUGAUAAAACUUGAAAAAAUGAAACCCCCCAUAUCUCAUCAUAAUAUUCAACGCACUAGAGGAGCAGCUUAAUUCAUGCUUGGUGUACAAAACAACAGCAGAGUCAGUCAGAAACAUGUACAUUGUGUAAUUUAUGUCUCUAUUUGUCUUGUAUAU